CCCCCCUCCCCCUCCGCUCCCCGCCGCCUUCAUGCGCGCGCUGCCGGAAGCCGCCCUGGGUGGGCCGCGAGAGCCGCUGCUGCGGCUGUAUCCGGACCUUCACCACCAGACUGAGAUGACUGACCUGCCUGUCUAAACAGUUUGCUGAACUGCCUCCUCCCUAAAGGACAACUGCUAUCCCCUUCAAGAUGAAGUGUGUGCUGGUGGCCACAGAGGGGGCUGAGGUCCUAUUCUACUGGACUGACAAGGAGUUUGAAGAUAGUCUCUGGAAGAAGUUUGGGCUGUCAGAGACCAUGGAAGGAGAGUUUCCUGCUCUGGAGGACCGCCUCAGCACACUCUUUGCCCCAUUGAUCAUCUCCUCCAUGACGAUGCUAGAGAAGCUCUCAGACACCUAUACCUGCUUCUUAGCUGAGAAGAGCAACCAUCUGUAUGUUCUUCACCUGUUUAGUGAAUGCCUAUUUAUCGCCAUCAAUGGUGAUGGCGCAGAGAGUGAAGAUGACCUGCACCGCAAGUUGUAUGUACUGAAGCACCUGUUUGAGAUGCACUUUGGACUGGUGACCCUGGACAGCCAUCUCAUCAGGAAGGAGCUCCGGCCCUCAGACCUGCAGAAACGCACCCAAGUGUGGGCCCUCUUCCAGAGCCUGCUUCAUACCUACGGCCGCCUCAGAGAGCAAGAGCAGAGUUUUAUGGUGGAGGCUGUCGAGAGGCUAAUCCACCCCCAGCUCUGUGAACUAUGUAUCGAGGCCCUGGAAGAUCACGUUGUUCACCACAUUAAUACCCGUUCUGAGCAUGGCGGUGAAGAGGUCCUCCAUGCCUUCCUGCUUGUCCACACCAAACUGCUGGCCUUCUACUCCAGCUAUCACGCUAGUCCCCUGCGCUCAGCAGAUCUCCUCUCCCUCCUUCUCGUGGUUCAGGACCUGUACCCCAGUGACAGCUCAUCAGAAGAGAGCUGCAUUCAGGCUGCCCAAGAAAAGCCAUCCUGCCAGAGACCCAGCAACAGCCAGAACAUUCCUGUGCAGCAAAUGAGAAGCCCUGGCCCAUAUUCACGCACUAGGAGGAGUUCGGAGGAGACGGAGACGGAUAGUCUCUCAAUGCCCGAAGAAUACUACACCCCAACACCCUCCCCUGGUGGACGGAGCUCAGGAAGUACCAUCUGGCUGGAGGGGGGGACUCCACCAGUUGGUGGGGAUGCUGAUGCUGCCUUUGUCCAGAUAGCAGAGGACACCUUGCAAACACUGGUCUUCCCCUCUCCUGAGCCUUUCAAUCCCAGGAGGAUUUUCCUUGAUGCAACUCUAAAGGAGAGCCAUUGCAUUAUGAUGCCUCACACCAUGUACUGCUUGCCCCUCUGGCCCGGCAUCUCUAUGGUGCUUCUAACCAAGAGUCCCACCUGCCACAUGGCUUUCUCCCUUUACCAACUGCUGGAAGGGUUUUCAGUACUAGAGAAGAAACUGAAGGAAAGACAAGAAGUGGGGAGUGCCUUUCGUUCCCAGCCCCUUCUAGGGGACUUGCGCCAGAGGAUGGACAAAUUUGUGAAGAAUCGAGGAGGACAAGAUAUUCAGAGCUCCUGGCUGGAAUUUAAGAACAAAGCUUUCUCCAGAAGUGACCAAGGGUCCCCCUUGGAGAUCAUCCAGGCCUGUGCCAAGGUAAAGCGGCAGCUUUGCUCCUUGUAUCGAGCCCAUUUCCUGAGCCAGGGGCCUGGAGGGGGAGGAUCCUGUCUCCCCCAGAGCCUGCAGGACCACGCCCAGAGUGCCAUCCAGGACACACUGAUGGACUGGAAGGACUUUUUGAUGGUGAAGAGUCAGAGGAACAUCACCUUGGUGUCUUACUUGGAAGACUUCCCAGGUUUGGUACAUUUCAUCUACGUGGAUCGAAUGACAGGGCAGAUGGUGGCUCCCUCCCUCAACAUCACUGAAAAAACGACGUCAGAGUUGGGCAAGGGAACCCUAGCUGCCUUCAUCAAAACUAAGGUCUGGGCUUUAGUUGGUCUGUCCCGGCGGUACCUCCAAAAGGGCUAUACUACUCUGACGUUCCGAGACGGCGACUACUACUGCUCCUACUUCCUGUGGUUCGAGAAUGAGAUGGGGCACAAACUACAGGCGAUAGAGGUACCCGUCCUCUCUGAUGACGCACCUCCCAUAGGUGUGCUUGGGGGAGACUAUUACAGGAAGCUUCUGCGCUACUAUAGCAAGAGCCAUGCGGGAGAAGUAGUGAAAUGCUAUGAACUGAUGACCAUCCACCUUUCUGUCCUCGCUGUGGACAUAGUGGUCCAGCAGGCAGGCCAGCUGGCCCGGCAGCUGUGGGAAUCAUCCCGGAUCCCCUUGCUCUAGGAGGCUGGACUGUUGUGUGGCUCUUGAAUUAUACAAGACAUUUGUUUGGUCUGUUCCAUAUCUCCCUCCUUCAGGACCUGCUCAGGGUCUCCAGAUGCUUCACCUCGGCAAUGGAAAUGCCCCUCUUCAAGUUCUCAAAUCUUCAAAUGAUGAAGAUCAUAGGUAAUCCAUGCCCUCCUGCAAAAUCAGUGAUAGCCUGAAGGUAGCAGGGUAAAACCUCCAUGCCUGCAUAUUCCUGAAAAGCCCUACCCUGGCUGGUCCAUAGAAUGCAUGGUACAUAGAGAUGCCCCUCCAAGCCACAAAUCAGUCCUGUGGUGUGGCAGAUCUUAGCACGAAUGGUGCAGAUGCCACUUUGUGUUUCAGAAAGCAGGUUGGGGGACAGGGGCUGGGCUUCCCUCAAAUCAUUCUUCCCUCUGAAAGGGAAUGAUGAACCUUUGAACAAGGGCCUUCCUUCCCUAUUGUGUCCUUAAAAGUUCCAGAGAUCUUGACAUUGAAAUUCAGAGGCACUAGAUCUGGGGGCUGUCUCUCCGAGGCUUCCCAAGAGGGGAGGAAGUUACCAGCACCCAAUAUCCAGGGUUUUGUGACCUUAAUUUCCUGUAUGACUUAAAGCACUUACCUUUCUUCUUUUUCUCCACUGGAUUCCUUCUUAUCCUUGAGUUUCCUUUCUCUGCCUCCCAAAAUCCAAGCUGCCUUAUUGCCUAUCAUAUGGUAAAAUGGGGAGGGGGCUUAGUGUGGGCCUAUGUAUGUCCUGCACAACAGGCAGUUAAAAACAUGCUCACUCCCAGCCUGUCAGUGUGUGUGCUGGGACUCAGUGUUUCUUGAUUCCCAGGUAAAGAUAGAGGGUGACAGGAAGCAAAAAACAAGCAGUGUUUGUCCUGUUAAUGAUACUUCAUUGAAUGGAAUGUGUGCCUCCUAUAUGUGCAGUUUAUUCUCCAGAACCUUAGUGAAAGAGUAGAAGGAAGCAAGAAACCAAAUUCUGAAUCCUCUGCAGAGUUUAGCUAAGGAGAGAUGUAUCAAAUUGAAAAGACAUCGAUCGACAGAAAGAAAGUAUUCACUUCUGGAAACCCCUCAUUUCUGCUUUAUGCAUUGUAAACCUGCCCACCCCACACUGGCCAUUUCAUUUCUGGGCACAAACAAGACCACAAAUGACUCUGCAGUCACUGAGGGGAUUUGAGGAGCUCUGGGUGUCCUGGCCCCAGGAGAUAGAAGAGACUAAAUUCCAGAGCUGAGAUGUGCUGAUGGACCACUGCAGCACACACAGGGUAAUCCAAAUGGAGGUCCACCUUGCCUUCCACUAGGACAAGGAAAACAUCAGAAAAACAUAGCAAGAGCCCUAGAAGUCUGGGGCUCCCCGCAAAGGGGCUGAACACUUUGGGUUGAUUAUUUGGGAUUUUGAGUCCAUCAGACAAACUUCCUCCUGUGAACCUGCAUUCCAUGAGGAUUUCCAAGAAGCUGUCUGUUGCAUAAUGGUACAAUAAGUCAACAGUCAAGAUCAUUUAAAUAAGAAUGAUAAUCCCAUUGAUGUGCUCCCACUGUGUGCUCUAGGCCAAUUGUUAAGCACCAGUGUUCUAGGGAUUCAGCAUUCAUACUGCUACUCUGGGCUUCCUUACUCCUCUUGGGUACAGUCGUACAGCAUAUGUCAUUACUUAUUCCACCAUGCAAGAGUUACCUCAAAGACCCGAGUCUAACUUGUAAAGGAAACACAUUGGAAAACUGACAGUUCAAUUAUAGAAAAAGAAGAGGGGAAAAAACCCUAAUUUUCCUCUAGUGUUUUUUUGCAAUAUUUGGGCAUUCAAGAAGAGUCUGGGAUUAAAAAUAUUUCCAAGCAGGUCCCUGCAAAUUCAUAAGGAACCCCAAUCCAAUCAGCUUGCAAAACCCUGUAGGUUUUACUUCCAUGACCCCUCUGGAGACAGUCUCUUUCCAACUUACAGUGACAUCUCCCUAGUUCAAAUCCCUGUCAGCAUUUGCCUGGUCUAACUGGUCUCCCUGCUUCCAUUCUCUCCUAAUCUCCAGUCCAUUUUUAACUCAGCUAUUCAACUCAUCUUCCUUCUAACCCUCUACAUUCACCUUGUCAGAAACCCUUACUGGUCUUUCAGAGUUGUUUUUCUUCUCAUUGGCGUUACAUUGUUUCCUUUUUUUUAAAUGCACAGACCAAGAAAAAUAAAACAAACCACAAAACCAGAAGACACAAAUGGAGCCGUUUUGUUAGUACCUUGUUAAAUUUAAUGUUAGUUUUUAAAAAGACAAAUUGUACGUAAUGGGAGUUCAGAGUUUCUUAGGAAAUCUCUGGUUCUUUUUUAUGUAUUAAAGUGGUUGUGUUUGUUGAUGAUUCUUAAGAUAGAAACAAGAAAAGGAAAUGGUCCGUGGCUCCCAAGUGCCUUCACUUCACACACUCCACAUUCUAGCCAGAUAUUCACAGGUUGGUCCCCACUCUUCACCUCAGACACUUCUAAUUCUAAGCAUUCAUCCACAGCAGGCUCUUUAAGGAGGUUCCUCCAAAGGAAGCCUAGAGAGCAUUAGACAAACUGAGAUGAGAACAGUUGGGCUAAGGGCAGGGUUUGCCUGGAAAAAACCCAUACCUCAUGCCUCCUUUCAAGGCCCAGUUCAGGGGCGGCCUCCUCCAAAAAGGCUUCCUCAGGUAUCAGGUACUUUAUAAAUGUGAUCUAUUACUGCUGUAGCAAUAAUCAACCUCAUGGCUUUG